UUGGGGCAGAUCCUCGGCUCCAAGGGCGAGUCCCUCCGCUAGCAUGGGGAGCUUCACCGUCUGGGACUAUGUGGUCUUUGCGGCCAUGCUGCUGGUCUCGGCCGUCAUCGGGGUCUACUACGCCUUCACGGGAGGGGGCCAGAAGACGUCGAAGGACUUCCUCAUGGGGGGCCGCAGCAUGACCGCCCUCCCCGUCGCGCUCUCCCUCACCGCCAGCUUCAUGUCAGCGGUCACCGUGCUGGGCACCCCUGCCGAGAUCUACCGCUACGGUGCCAUCUUCUGCAUCUUCGCCAUCACCUAUGGCCUGGUGGUGCUGUGCAGCGCCGAGAUCUUCCUGCCCGUCUUCUACAAGUUGGGCAUCACCAGCACCUACGAGUAUUUAGAGCUUCGAUUUAAUAAAUACCUGCGACUCUGUGGAACGAUCCUCUUCAUUAUACAAACGACUUUAUACACUGGUAUUGUCAUUUAUGCUCCAGCUUUAGCACUAAAUCAAGUCACUGGCUUUGACUUGUGGGGCGCAGUGGUGGCGACUGGUGUGGUCUGCACUUUCUACUGCACACUGGGCGGUCUGAAGGCAGUGGUGUGGACAGACGUUUUCCAAGUUGGAAUCAUGGUCGCUGGAUUUUCAUCUGUGAUUAUACGAGCUGUGGUGGUUCAGGAGGGAAUUGGACGCAUUGUAAAUGAUUCCUACUACGGAGGAAGAUUAAACUUCUGGGACUUUGAUCCCAAUCCUUUGCAAAGGCACACCUUCUGGACGAUUGUUAUAGGUGGGACUUUCACAUGGACUGCCAUAUAUGGGGUCAACCAGUCUCAAGUACAGAGAUACAUUGCAUGCAAAAGCAGGUUCCAUGCAAAAAUGUCCCUCUACAUCAACCUGGUGGGCCUCUGGGCGAUCCUGGCCUGCGCGGUGCUGUGCGGCCUGGCCCUCUACUCCAUCUACAAGGACUGCGACCCGUGGACGGCAAAGCAGGUGUCGGCGCUCGACCAGCUAAUGCCAUACCUAGUGCUGGACAUUCUCCACGAUUUUCCAGGAGUGCCAGGGCUUUUUGUGGCUAGUGCCUACAGUGGGACAUUAAGUACUGUGUCCUCCAGCAUCAAUGCUCUGGCUGCCGUGACUGUUGAAGACCUCAUUAGACCGUACUUCAAAUCCCUCUCUGAAAAGAAGUUGUCAUGGAUUUCGAUGGGGAUGAGCCUGUUUUAUGGUGGAGUCUGCAUCGCUAUGGCUGCAGUGGCAUCUCUCCUGGGAGCCUUGCUGCAGGCAGCGCUCAGCAUUUUUGGCAUGAUCGGUGGCCCCCUUUUGGGACUGUUUGCCUUGGGAAUCCUCUGCUCCUUUGCAAAUGCAAUUGGUGCCUUUGUGGGUCUUGUCAGUGGCUUUGUUAUUUCACUUUGGGUUGGAAUCGGAUCUCAGAUUUAUCCUCCACUCCCAGAGAGGACCAAGCCACUAUAUCUCUCAACUGCAGGCUGUAACAUAUCUUUAGAAAAUUUGACAUCAACAGUAAAUCCAUUAACAAGAAUCUCCAACACACCAACUACAGAGAGGCCUGCCCUAGCAGACAACUGGUAUUCAUUGUCUUAUCUCUACUUCAGCACACUUGGGACACUUAUCACAGUAGCUGUGGGAAUAAUUACCAGCCUCCUAACAGGAGGACUAAAGCAGAACACAGAUCGUAAAUUCCUGCUGACCAAGGAAGAUUUCCUGUCCAACUUCUCAUGGUCUAAAUCUGAGACACCAGAGAAAGUGGAAGUGUUGAACUGGAAACCAUUUACCGUGGCAGCCGAAGGAACUGACAACCCUGCUUUCAGCCCCAUUGAAAUGCAUAUUGCAAGCAAUAAGAACAAAGUCAAUGGCCCUCACAUAUGACAUGGGGCACCGUCAGCCCACAGGACAGUUUUGUUCAUGUAAAGCACUGUUGACAUCCCUGUGCUGGGUCAGUUCCCAGCCCUGCUGGGGUCACGGGCAGGUGUCUGCUGAGCUUCGUGGCACUGUCACCCUUGCACGACCUUGACAUCAGUCAGGAAAAGAAUCAGGUUUUUCUUGCACUUCCUCACUCUCUCUCUCUCACUCUGGAUCUUGGUGACAGGCCUUAAGGCAAUGUUUCUAUGUGAAAUAUUUGCCUGCUAUUCUUGAGCUUCCUGGAAAAUAUCUGCUUUUAAUCUUGGUUCACUCUCAGAGUAAUUUUUUUAUUUGGUAAGAGCACUGUUCCCCCAGACAUGGCUGUUUUUCUGGUUUGUUUUUUUUUCUUUUUUCUUUUAAGGCAUUGAAAGUAUGAAAAGAUUAGGGCUGAGAUUAUCAGAUUGCAAGAAACAGCGGGUCUUCUUUUAGUACAGGAGGUGUAUUCAGUGCCAUCUGGUUCCCUUGUAGAACUGAUCCUGAGAGCAUAUUUAUUUUGCUGUUGUUGUCAUAUGUGUUUGGUUUUAUUAAGCCACUUGUUCCCUGGUUACCUGCAUCUCCUCCUCUGUGCUCACUGCUGGAAGCUUCAACAGUGUCUUUGGUGAUGGGUAGAGGCAAGAGUCAGUAAUAUCCUUCCCUUCACUCCCCGUCUCCCUCUUUUGCCCUGUCUUGCCCUUACAGAGCUGGUCCUCAUGAAGGAAAUGAGCUAUUUGGGCUUUUUAUUUAAUGCCAUAUAGCAGAACCACAGCAGUCUUCUACCUCAUGCCCAGUGUGCUGGCCUAGGACUGCUCUUGCACUGGGCUGGGCAUAGUGCAGCAGAGAUGUUAAUGCAAGAAGAGGGCCCUCGGUGCUGUGCUCGACAAGAGGGAAGGCUGCACCUGCAGCUGCCACUGCUGUUAUCUGCGGAGCUGUGAGCUGAAACCUCAUGUAGCCAUUUGUGUUCAUCCAGUCCCUGCUGACACUCUGGGGAUACACGUUCAAGGUCGGUCCAGAUCAGGCAAGAGGACAUCGUGUCUUUUGGCAGGCAGGCAGGCAGAGUCCGCUGCGCAGUCCCCCUGGACGGGGAAGGGAUCGCAGAGGAUGUCGUUUGGUGAAGGAUUCUCCAGGGCUGCAGGGCAUGAGGUGGCUUAUCCUCUGGCUGGGCUGCCAAGAGAAGCUGAACAGCACAUCUGCUCCAGACCAAGCACUGUACUGGUGGUUUGGGAGGGUGAAAACCCCCAUUGCUUCCUUCUCCUGGGUGCUUUCUGGUACAGCUGGGAACAGACUCUGACCCGGUGUGUUGGUUUUGUACUGCAGACUUUUUGCUGUGGCUAUACAUGGGUGUUUAAAACUCCUCUAUGGCAGCAGAGUUGGAAAUAAAGCAAGCAGCAAGUUGGAAAAUAAAAGCCACUGCAGGAACGUUGAGCUGUGAAGCUUAUAAAGCAGUCAUGCUUGAAAAUCAAAUGAAAAACUGAUUGCAUGUCUUAAAUGCUUUCCAAAAGCUAUGCUGCAUUUGUGCCAGGUGCUGAGCUGCUGUAACUUGGAACAUGACACAGUGCUAGUUUAUCUAACUUGACUAGGGCCCUUCAGCAUCUAAAUCAAUUUAUUCCGUGCCCCUGUAGCAGAGGGCACUUGAUGAUCGACUGCAUAAGAUGAACUGACAGGGUCAGAAAACAUUAGGAAGAAAAAACGGGCUCCAAGGAGCAGACCUCUACUAGAGGAGUACAGGCCAGACAGACACCGAAGGGGUUGUCACCAGGGGCCUGUCUCCAUCAGCUAACCCAGGGCAAAACUCCGUGAUGGAGACAGGUUUCCCCUUGGCCUCCCGAAGCGCUGGUUUGCGUGAUCCGAUGCAGAGUUGAGGGCCAGCCCCUUGUCUCCUAUUCCGCUGCUGCAGCUCUGUGACCAGGUAAGUGCCUAAAGCCACUGUGUGGAAGGGCUGUGAGUGAGUGGGAUAGAUCCCAUGAGUUGUGUCUUGUGUCCUUGUAUCUAAGAUCUGAGACAAACAAUAGCAACCUGAAUAAAGUCUUCUGGGAUUCAGGACAGGGGUCUCUGUUCUGGGACUAUCCUAGUCCCUCUGAGACAACCAGGCCACUGACUGAAUGAGCUGGCUGUGCUUCUCAAGUCUCAGAAGAUAAGUGCAGCUCAUUCAGCCUUGUGCCUUGUCUUCAUGAACCAGAAACAGAUACUGCAUUUUGUGGUACGGAAUAGUUCUCGAGCCUUGGGAUGUAAUAAUUUGUACUUAGCCAGUACUUUCAGCCCACAGAUCUGAAAAAGGGUAAAUAUCUCCACGCUGCUGCAGAGUGCUGAAAUGGACUGGUGUGCCUCUGUGUACCUGUGCUUUAUGGCACAGAGAAAGCUGUGGGCAGAGAGAACAGAAGCCUAUAGCAAGCCCUUGACCUGUCAGCCUGCUGGUAUGGCUACAGCCCUCCCAGCACAAAUGAUGAACUCCCAUCUGAAGGUGCUUUUUGGGAGGGUGACUGAUCACCGCUGUGUUAAACAGCAUCAGCGUGGCCUUCGUUGCACCACUUUAUGCUGAGAUCACUGUUUGCGCUGUAAUUGAUACUGCCUUAAACUGUCUUGGAUGAUCUGUGACUUCCACCUGUUUUGUACGCGGAGGGAAGACUAAUCUUCCCAGUUAUCAUGGUGAAAAAAUGUAUCACCACGGAGUUUUUUUCUCAGUGCUUUGAAUUCACAUAGUUGUUUAAAACAGAGAAAACACGUAAAUGACCAACUUACCUUCACUUACUGCUUGAAGUCACUAUACAAGCACUGAGCAGUCAUUUAACUCUAAUUUGAAGUGAAAGUUUGGGCUAGGUGAUAUCUAUUGGUCCACAAUCACAUCAAGAUGAGUUUUCGCUGGGGAGAAUAUCUUGCUGUAAGCGGUCUAGAGACAAACAUUCUUAAGCUUUGCAGAUGACCCCCGCAACUACCCCAUUUCUUGCUAACUAACCUCCCACAAUUGCUGCAGAGCUACAAAGUGACUCUUUCUGCUUCACUUUUUUCUAUAUGCUUCUUGUUUUAAUUGGCAUCACUAAUUAAAGCAAUUGAUUAAUUUUGAAUAACAUUUUCUCUGGGGUCACAUUCUGUCCUCUGCUAGUUGGACUCUCAAACCGGGCCUUGUCUGUGUAAAAGCAGCAGGAUAAUUCCUGGUGUCUCCAUCACACUCCUGCACCCUGAUCCUUCAUCUCUCCCAGCUAAAAGCUCACAGAACAAAGAAGUGCAGGAUGCUCAAAACUGAUUAAUUCCAUGGGAGUGGGAGCACUCCACACUGUCCAAAUUACCUGCAGCAUCUGGCAGGGUCAAGAGACAAAACAAGUAGGAACAUUAGAAAAAGAACUCAAACCACAACAGGAACAAUAUUUGACUAUGUGAAUACACAAAGGAGAGAAAGCAGUGACAGAUUUUGGCCCUUUUUUCACCUGCAUUUAAAUUUGCUUCCACCUGACUGCUCUGUUUGCUUGCUGAACAAAUCAGGUAAACAGAAAAUAACUCAUGAAUGCUAAGCAGCAAAUAUUUCAUAUGCAUAAUUUAUUUUAAAGUUUAUUGCGUCACAUUAUACAAGCAUUAAACAUGGCUUUAUGUUGAUGAUUUUUUUUAAAGUGUGAAAACUUGACAUUCUUCUCCAUAGGAUUUUUCUAUUUACAAAUAAACAAUCUCUCUAUAUACUUUAUAUAUAUAUAUAAUAUAUAUGGUAAAUAACAUAACACCUCUCAGAAAGAUUUAAAAUAAAAAAGAAGUGAUCUGUAAA